AGGACCGUGGGAAGGGACUGCGCCGCGUCAGAUUCGCACUCUGAUCGAAGGGGAGAGAGCUCCAGCCCAGCCGCACUGUCCAGCGAGCGGUGGAAACCCCCUGGUGCAACACUUGGAAGGGCCCUGCAUCCAGCACCGGAUCUAAAACAGAGUGCAAGGGGGGGUGGGUGGGAGGGCAGGGAGAAGAGGAAAAAAAAGGAUUCUCUUUUUAUUAUUUUUCUUGCAUUGUUUGUUCAGUGGAAGAGUGCUCUUGCCCGGUGGGGGUUGCAAUUUCGGAUCGGUUUCCAAGCGUCAAGCGAGGGGCUUUCUCACCCAUUGUAAUUUCAGAGCAAUUUCAGCGACUCCUUGAUGUGGGCGAAGGUUCACUGAUUUGCAACGCACACACACACACACACACACACACAACCCAGCCCUGCAGGGGGAAGAGAAAGUGGCUCCUGUCAAACCAUGAGAGAAUAUAAAGUAGUCGUGUUGGGUAGCGGCGGAGUGGGCAAGUCUGCCCUGACCGUGCAGUUCGUGACGGGAUCUUUCAUCGAGAAGUAUGACCCCACCAUCGAGGAUUUCUACAGGAAGGAGAUCGAGGUAGAUUCGUCGCCAUCGGUGCUGGAGAUCUUGGAUACGGCGGGCACGGAGCAGUUCGCCUCAAUGAGAGACCUCUACAUCAAGAACGGUCAGGGCUUUAUCCUGGUCUACAGCCUGGUCAACCAGCAGUCUUUCCAGGACAUCAGGCCGAUGCGAGAUCAGAUUAUCCGGGUGAAAAGAUACGAGAGGGUACCCCUGCUGCUGGUGGGCAACAAGGUGGAUCUGGAAGGGGAGAGGGAGGUAAAUUACAGCGAAGGGAGAGCCCUCGCCGAUGAAUGGAACUGCCCUUUUAUGGAGACCUCGGCCAAGAAUAAAAUCUCAGUGGACGAAUUGUUUGCAGAGAUCGUUCGACAGAUGAACUAUGUAUCUCAGCCUAACGGAGACGACCAGUGUUGUUCCUCGUGUGUGGUGCUGUGAUAGAUUUCUAUAUAAAUAUAUAUUAUACGAUAUAAAACGAAGGCACAGAAUUUCUAUGCAAAGUUGGAAACGUGGAUAUCUGGAAGCCAUAACAAUGUGGCGCCCAGCUAACUUGGAGACUGUAUAACAGAAGCUACCGAACGUGGAUAAGAGCUUCAUCAUAACUACAGUUCUGUUCAUAGGGUGGGGGCAGGAAGUACAUUUUUUUUUGUUGUUGAACUGCUGUAAUGUCUAUUAUUUUGGUGCCUCCUCUUCCCUCCCACCCCAUCCAACCCCAUGUCCCUACCCCAGUGAAAAGUGGGCAAAGGCAGAGCAAAUAUAUUUAAGUGUGUGUGUGUGUGGGGGGGGGGGGGGGGGGGGG